CUCGCCGGGCCGCCUCCCUCCCACCCUCUCUCCCUCCCUCCUUCCCCCUUCCCCUCUCCCUGCAGCCGCGUCCACACUGCGCCGCCGGGGCAGCCCAGAGCGCGGCGCGCACGGGCACAGCGCCGGGGGCUACCACUGCCGCCCCUCCCCGCGUCCCGCGUAAGCCGCCUGCAGCCGUCCAGGUUCGCACCAGCGCUCCCGGACGGAACCCGCCGAAAGCACUUAGCCAGCAUCCCCGGCCGGCUCCCAGACGCAUCCCCCGGCCCAAGGCGAGGAUGAACAGGACAGGCGAGGCACAAAGUCGAAACUCAACUUUUUAAAACAUUAUUUGCGCGUGUAUGUGUGUGUGUGUGUGUGUUGGGGGGAGAAUGAGCUGAUGCCUAGGGUCCAUCCACCCUCCUGUCUCCUCCUCCCCCUGCCGCCGCUGCCCUCGCACACGCGCGCGCACACACGGCACUUGGGCCGGGUUUCCGCGCUCCGUCCCCCGGCUUGGAUGGGAGUUUUCAUUUCCGAAGGAGGCAGAGCCCGUGGAGCGCGCUGAAGGGCUAGAGCCCCAAGUUUCUCCUCGCCAGUGCUGGCCGCCCGCUGUCACUCGCACAGGCUGGCCGGGGGAAGGGACUCGCACGCCCGGCUUUGUUGUGGAAAUCCCGGUUACCUGGCUAAUAACCCACACCAUGGAUAACUUAUUGGACUUUGCCUGAAAGGAGUCAUUAGUGCCAUUGGAUAUUUGACCAUCUUGGCCACAGGUUUUUUCAGAAUGAAUGGAAGGUCAUGCAGCAUGAAUCUCCACCGGACAUCAGGAACCCCACAGGGGCCUGGGAUGGUCAGUGGCCAACACAUUCCUCCCAUCAGAGCCCACUCAGGGACUCCUGGCCCAUCGUCCUGUGGAAGCACACCAAGCCCUGCUAUCGGAAGCCUUACUAACAGCCUCCAUCUCAAGAUGCCCUCAGGAGGAGGGAUGGCUCCUCAGAGCAACAUGGCUGAGAGCCCCAUCCAUCUGCCUGCCUUGAGCCCCAGGAGACAAGUGCUCACCAAUGGAAAGCCACGAUACCAGGUCACCCAGGCCGGAGGCAUGUCAGGGCCCCACACUUUAAAGCCAAAGCAACAGGAGUUUGGAAACCCUUUUCCUCCAAAUCCUGGGAAAGGGGCUCUUGGCUUUGGGCCUCAGUGCAAGUCCAUUGGAAAAGGCAGCUGCAACAAUCUAGUGGUCACCAGCAGUCCCAUGAUGGUUCAGCGACUGGGACCCAUUUCACCUCCAGCAAGCCAGGUCUCUACAGCAUGCAACCAGAUCAGUCCUAGCUUACAGAGGGCAAUGAAUGCAGCCAACCUGAAUAUACCUCCUUCAGAUACCAGGUCCCUUAUUUCGCGUGAGUCUUUGGCGUCCACGACUUUGAGUCUGACAGAAAGUCAGUCGGCCUUGAGCGUGAAACAAGAGUGGUCUCAUGGCUACAGGACUCUCCCUUCGCUCUCCUCCAACCAUGGCUCUCAGAAUGGCGUUGAUCUAGGGGAUCUCCUUAGCCUUCCUGCCGGGACAGCCAUGUCCAGCAACAGUGUCUCUAACUCAUUGCCAUCCUACCUUUUUGGCAUGGAAAAUAGCCACUCUCCUUACCCUAGUCCCCGGCACUCUUCGGCCAGGUCCCACUCAGCCCGCUCCAAGAAGAGAGCGCUGUCCUUGUCUCCGUUGUCCGAUGGCAUUGGGAUAGACUUCAAUACCAUCAUCCGCACCUCGCCCACGUCCUUGGUUGCCUACAUCAACGGGUCGAGGGCUUCCCCUGCCAACAUGUCCCCCCAGCCUGAGGUCUAUGGGCAUUUCCUGGGGGUGCGCGGCAGCUGCAUUCCCCAGCCGUGCUCGGUGCAAAGCAGCCAGAAGGGUGUGCGAGUGCCCAGCGGCGGCCUGGCGCUCCCGGCAUACGGUGAGGAUGGCGCCCUGGAGUACGAGCGCAUGCAGCAGCUGGAGCACGGUGCCCUCCAGCCCGGCGUGGUUAACAACAUGGUGGUGCAGCAUGGCCUGCCGGGCCCCGACGGCCAGCCAGCCAGCCUGCUGAAGACGGAGCGCCUGGAUGAUUUCCCAGGCAGCGCCCUGAAUCUGCCCCCUGCGCCCCCUCUGCCUCCUCUGCCACCACCGCCCCAAGGUCCCCCGCCCCCCUACCAUGCCCACCCGCACCUGCACCACCAAGAGCUCGUCCCCCACGCCCAGCCGCUGGCCCUGUCCCAGGCGGCCCUGGAGGAGGACGGAGAGCUGGACGACGCCGUCGGGGGCAAGCACUGCUGUCGCUGGAUCGACUGCAGCGCCUUGUAUGACCAGCAGGAGGAGCUUGUGCGGCACAUAGAGAAGGUGCACAUAGACCAGCGCAAAGGCGAAGACUUCACUUGCUUCUGGGCCGGUUGUCCUCGAAGGUACAAGCCGUUCAACGCCCGCUAUAAACUGCUGAUCCACAUGAGAGUCCACUCCGGAGAGAAGCCCAACAAGUGUACGUUUGAAGGUUGCAAGAAGGCCUUUUCAAGGCUCGAAAAUCUCAAGAUUCACUUGCGGAGCCACACGGGCGAAAAGCCGUAUUUGUGCCAGCAUCCGGGCUGCCAGAAGGCAUUCAGCAACUCCAGUGACCGCGCCAAGCACCAGAGGACACAUCUGGACACUAAACCUUAUGCUUGUCAAAUUCCAGGAUGCACCAAACGCUACACAGACCCAAGUUCCCUAAGAAAGCAUGUGAAGGCACAUUCUUCCAAAGAUCAACAAGUGAGGAAAAAGUUGCGGUCCAGUGCAGAGCUCCAUCCUGACCUGCUCACGGAUUGCCUCACCGUGCAGCCCCUGCAGCCAGCCACUUCCCCACGAGAUGCUGCCGACGGGGUUGUGGGACGCUCCCCAGGGCCUGGGCCUGACCUCUAUUCAGCUUCCAUUUUCUCCAGCAAUCAUUCAAGCCGAAGUGGAACAGCUGCCGGGGCCGUGCCGCCCCCACAUCCUGUCAGUCACCCUUCUCCGGGACAUAAUGUACAGGGGAGCCCUCACAACCCCUCCUCCCAGUUACCUCCACUCACAGCUGUGGAUGCGGGAGCUGAGAGGUUUGCACCUUCUGCUCCAUCUCCUCACCACAUCAGCCCCCGGAGAGUUCCAGCUCCUUCUUCAAUAAUGCAGAGAACACAGCCUCCCCAUACCCAGCAGCCGUCAGGAUCACACCUGAAGUCUUAUCAGCCAGAAACAAACUCUUCAUUUCAACCAAAUGGAAUCCAUGUCCAUGGAUUUUAUGGGCAGCUGCAGACAUUCUGCCCUCCGCAUUACCCUGACUCCCAGAGAACCGUGCCGCCCAGCACCUCCUGCAGUGUGGUGCCUUCCUUCGAGGACUGCCUGGUCCCCACGUCCAUGGGCCAGGCUGGCUUUGAUGUUUUUCACAGAGCCUUCUCAACUCACUCGGGCAUUACAGUGUACGAUUUGCCUUCAGGUUCCUCCAGCCUUUUUGGGGAGUCUCUUCGCAGCGGGCCUGAAGACGCCACGUUCUUGCAGAUCAGCGCUGUGGACCGCUGUCCUAGCCAGCUCUCUUCUGUCUAUACCGAAGGCUAAAAGCUCCCCUGGCCCCCACUACCACUGGCAAACCUGUUUGUUGCUCACCGCCUUUUGUUUUCAUACUCUCUGCGUAGACUGCGUGAAAAGGGAUGUCAACCAGAUCAGCGGAACCUGCAGAGUCACAGAUGUGUCUUUGGAAGGCAGGACAGUGGGUCAGAGCUGGGCUUUGCUGGAGGGUUUGCCAUUGCUCCUUUUUCUCUCUGGGUUUGCUGGACCAGGUGACCAGCAGGACUGUCUUUUCAAAGGGAAUUUAGAGUCUCACUCUACCGGAUACCUGUUACUUCCUGACUGUCAGCCCUCAAAGGACACCGAUGAAAUGAUGUGCAUGUGAAAAUGUAGUUUGAGGAUGACCCUUGCUGAAAACUCCAAAUAGGAAGGACUUACCCAGAUUGCCAGAAGCACAGUGAGCUGCCUCGCCCAGCUGUCCUCACUGCUGGCCGUGCAGAGCCAUGCGCAGCAAGGGAAGUCCACAUCCAAAGCACAGCGUGGGCUCUGCUCUCAGCCGAGUCCCGUGUUUCCGGCACCGGCUUGGCAUUCCAGUGAGCUGCUGCCUCACUCCUCUCAGAUGCCCCCGUGCUAACCAGUCACUUCUCAGUGUUUCUCCAAAAACAAGCUAAGGUUCUGUCAAGCACAGUCCUUGAAAAGCACUACAACUUAUUUUAUAUUCCAGCAACCUAUCUUAGUUCUUUCAUUUUAAAGACUUGUUAUUGACACCUACUCUAAAAGGAAAAAAUAUUUAGAGGUCUGUUCUUUGGAUGGAAAUAAUUAUUUUAAUCAUCCCAACUACAUACAUUUUGCCACAGCUAUAGCUCUGCAUGGCCCCCUCGCAGCACCUGUCAGCACCCUUGGAAUGUUAGUUUUGCAUUUAGCAACGGCUACCUGAGGGAAAUGGGGGCACACCCCGCUUCCCAGUCCUGUAGCAGGAACCCUCAUGGGUUGACUGUUCGGCGACUCCACCUCGAAGACCUUGUUCAAAGGAAAAGGUCACUUGAUUAUUCACCCCUUGCCUCCGCUCUAGGUGCUCAGCCCAGAGAUGUGCUAGAAGAUAUGAGAACAGGGGCCCACUGAGUGGUGUUCCUGGUUCUCUCAGAAAACCGAACUAGAGAUGCCCGAUGUCCAGUUAUUUUUCACAGCCUCUGCUCACCUCCAUUAGGCUAUCUACUCAUCUGUCUGUCUGUCUCUCUGUCCCCUGUACUUCUCCUCUCCCUCUUUUUGAUUGUUCUCACCUUCUUCUUGACUGUGGUUCAGACGUGCCCUCCACCCACCAUUGCCUGACCAUCGUCUCUUGGGAAAGUCCAGCCUCAGACAGGUAGAGGGAACAGUUCUGGAAAGGUGGGCAGAAGAAGGCAACCUUUUUUCUGAAACUCUGAUUUCAGGGCCUGAAAUUUUCACAGAGCACUUGGCCAUUUGACAUCAAGCCUGAAGAGGAAGCCAUUUUCUGUGACACCUUUACAAAACUAUUGAAAAGAUCCCAAGUCCUAUGGCAUAAACUAGAAAAAUGAGCGAAACCCCAAAGACACCUGGUAAAAUCUGACAUUCCAGUACUGUCACAUUUCACAGUUUCUUUUCUCUCUCUUUAAAAAUGUUUUCUGAGCAAAAAUGAAACAAUGCUAUUUGUCAGACUGAGAUAAUUACAAUCUUCAAUGAGACAAUUAAACAAGUUGAUGUCAGGCUUGGGAUCCAGUGACAGUUUGUAUCCUGACAGAUGGGUCCUUCCAGUCUGGCUGCACAGUCAGUAGUGUCCUGCCUGGUUCUGGACUUCAUUCCAACAUGCAGUAGAAUAAGGUGAAUAAAGAACCAAGCAUGGCGGCCACUUUUACAGCGCACUCAGUCAGUCUCUUUUCUCUAACUAGAGGGCUCUGAUCUGAGAAAAGCUAUCACGUAGACGUCCAAGUCUGCAGAAGUUAUUCACUUGACAGAGAUGUGCUCUGCUUUCCGAAAGGAUGCAUGUCAGGAUGUCUUUCCAGAUGAGCUCUCAUGUAAAGUCCCUCCUUUUCUUGCAGACUUUGUGGGUCGUGUCACUUGGCCUAAACAAGGACACAUGCAUGCUAACACUGGCAUCCUUUGUGUGUCCUUUGUCACACUCUGGAAAGAAAGGAAAGCUCUGGUAUCUUUAGAGAGACAAUCUGUCCAUUCUUAAAUACCGAAGCCUUUACAAGGAAGCCUUUACAAUAGUUCAUUUGCGUGAUGAGGAAGAAAAAGAUCAAAAGGCAAGGUUGUUAUUGCAGCUGAUGUCGUCAGCCCUGCCUUAUGGCUUUAUAUAAUUUAAAGUGGAAGAGGGGAAGGAGGACAGAACCAGAAGCUGAACCUCGGAAACCAAGGCUGUUGUCUCCCUCUUUGGCUGGAGGAGAUACUCCGAGCGUCAGUCUCUGGUCUACUUGUGGCCUCACUGUGGCCCUGCUCCUCUCUUGCCUCAUUGUGGCUGGAGGGAACCAGAGGGGCCAGGCGGCAGCAGUACCCGCAGGGGCUCCUUCCUCAGCAGGAAUUCGGGCCGGCCCCUGGGGGGCCUUCACAUUAGCAGAGGGAACAAGCAGGAAGCAGGGCCCAGCACAGCCUGCCAGGCCCAGCGCCCCUCACAUACCCCUUAGUGUUUCCCCAUGGCUGCAAGCUUGAGCUUAGGGCCUCAGGACGUGACACUUUCAGGUUCCUUCUAGAUACACACACUGUCCUUAGCUUCCAGAAUCUCACCUGACCUUACAAUGUGUCCAUAGCCUGCUUUCACAUUGCAGAAGAUUUAUAUUUGCUUUCGUCAUUGUUUGUAGCAGUAAAAGUGGAAACUUCAAAAUUCAUUCCCUCCCAUUUCCUGGCCUUUUUAGUCUUGAGAUGUAACCAUUUUCAUAAACAUCUAAACAGCGAUUCUCAUUCCCCUUUUUUAAAAAACUGGUGUUUGUGAAUAUACACACAGCCCAAAGCCAAUUAUCCUAUUACAUUAAAAAAAAAUCAGUAUGCCUAGAGACAUUUCAUUUGCUGCAUUCUUAAUUCCCUAAAGGGACUGCAUCAAAAUGUCAGUUGUAAUUUAGCCUCUGUGAUCAGCUGUUAAAUACUGUUUAAAUAUUCACUAGUCCUGAGGGGUGUCUCCCUUUACCUGUAUCUCCCUCAAAUUACAUAGGUGAUUCUAAAAUGGGCAAAAGGUCUUCAGUGGAUCUCGGCACAGUUUCCACUGAUAAAACAGAGUGUUGGUUCUGUUGUUCUCAGAUUACCAGAAGGCCAGCACAUUCGUGCAUCAGAACAGCGGUCCAUGUUCACCCCCUCCAUCCAAGAACCUUGGCGUUCCAGUUGCCUUGAAGUAUAAGGAAUAGUGAUUGUAAAUGUCCAAUUUAAUAAUCUGGUAUUUUAUUUGACUGUUUUGACCAUGUCAUUUUAUAGCAGCAUUUUUUAAUGGCACUUUCUGUUGGUGGUGUGGAAUUUCUGCGGUUACAUUUUUUUUGUGUGUGUGUGCAAAAGAUAAAGCAAGAAAAAAAGACACUCAUUGGAGAAAUGGCGAGUGUAAAAAAGAAGAGAUUUAUUUUGUACAGACAGCAGAGCAUCCUGUGUAAUGUUGCUGACAUAAAGCACUUUGGGGGGAAAAAGUGGAAAUCUGUUUCCCAUAAAUCACACAGACUCUUGUACAUAGUUAUAUACACUCACGUAGAGAAAUGAACUGCAUAUAUCAUACUGGAUAUGGGGCCGAUUUUACUCUAGGGGCACAUCUGGUGCUUAUUGUCAUAAAUCUUUUAAAGAAUUAGGUACACUUUUUUUCUAUUAAUAUGUAUAGUUUUGUGAUUUGUCACAGUUAUGUUUCAUAUAAUCAUAAGUUAUUUUGUCUUGUUUCAUGAAGUCCUUUUUUUAUGUCAAAAGUAAAAUGAAGGGAUUGUGCACUUGGUACAGAAUAAAACUGGAAAUAGAGGAUACGUCCACUUGCCCGAAAUCCUCCUUCAGCAUGUCGUUUUAAAACACAAUGGCAACAACCAUUUUUCGUUUGUUUGUUUUAUUAUUUUGUGUUGUUUUACCAUCAGCCUCCUUCAUAUUGGGAUGGUAAUUAUAAUUAAAAGCAGAUGGGGGUGGGGGAGGGCGUGUCCAAGGCCAGCUUUAAAAUGCCGCAUUGCUUUGGGCCAGAGCUGCAGCCUGGAUUUAAUUAUAGAUAUGAGGACGAAAUGGCAGUAAAAAUGAAUGUGUCCCUGAAUCCUUUACAUGUUGGGAGUGUCCAUAAAUAAAACAUGAAGUUUUAUUUCAUCAGAUUUAA